AUGCCACCCUAUGGCUUGACGUGAGUUCUGAAGGCGUCAAGAAUAGAACAUGGAUGGGACGUCAGCAGAAAGGUGUUCAUACUUUUUUCCUUUCUCGAGACAUCCUUCUAAUCUCGUUAUAAACCAGAUUAUGAUGCUAACACUUUUUGGUUGCAUAGUGAUGCAUCACUCAUUCCACGCUUGGGGAUUUAUGUGUGACAAGGGACUUUUCUUGGAACUGACAUGCGUUUAGUACGAACAGAUGUUUCCACUUCUUUUCAAAAGUUUCGAUGAAGUCAUAAGUGACGCAUAUCACCCCCAAGUUCUUUGCUCGAGUUAAUCAUCAAAAGCUUCCAGGGUCCGAUCACGUGCACCGCGUUCCUUUUUCCGCAGUCGGCACUGUUCACGCCAUCGGCUUCCUCCGAACGCCCACCUGAACAGAAGAAUGUCGGCGGCUCUGUACACCCUGUGCCUCAUGGACUUUAUGCUUAUGAUGACCACCGUCUUCUUCCUGAGCGUCGAGCCGAUCAGCAUUCUCUUCGUCGGGUUGAACAUCUUCUACAGGAAUCAGGAAAUGAUUCUGACCCUUUACGGCAUCCGCAAUAGCUUUGCCAUGUCAUCGGUGAGUGCUAAAGUACAUUUCAAUAGUCAGACCAUGUUUUCAGCCUAUGCUUGUGUGCUACAUUACUUACAUUAGGUACAGAGUUGUCAAUAAUCCACUCAAGUUCGCAUCGAACUACAAUCGAUCCGUAAGUUUCUACUGAAAAAAUAUUAGUUAGGCUACUGUUUGACUUCCAGAGAAAAUCGAUAACUGCUGGAAAGACGAGCACAGCUCAGAAUCCGUCGGAAGCCGCCAAAUUCACAAUUUCGUUUCCGGCCGACAUGUUCUACGAGUUUCACUCGAGGAGUAACGCCGGAAAGAUGACCAGCUUCAAAAGAUUCGUUCGGCCCUUUAUGGUCCCGGUCCUUCUCGUGAUCCUCUGCUUCCUGAUCCACAGUACUUCGUACUUUGAGUUCUUUCUUACCGACUGCUUCGACAGAGAUCAUCAGAAUAUGUCAACCAUGCUCGCUCCAACAGCUUUGAGACAUAACGACUGGGUAAGUGUCUCUCGUCCGUGCGUCCGCUCCAUUUCCGCAGUUUCCAGUACUUUCAAAGCAAAGUCGCUUUGACAAUGGCGACAGAAACAUUGGGUCCGAUGCUGUUUAUUUCGAUUCUCUCACUUUUCACCGAAUACAAAAUCCACGCGAACGUUCUGGCGAGACGACGGUUAUUUGAGAGUCAGAAGAGGAGCAGGGACACUCUGGUGACGGAGGAACUGAAGGACAAAGCCUCGAAGGCGUUGGCGGUGUUCAUCGUGGUCAAGUUUCUGAUUCUGAGGUAUGGUUAGAGCUUGAACAUUCUUUUAUUUAAUAACCUUGAAGAUCUCUUCCCACGUUCAUCGAUCUCUACGAAGCGAUCAUUGAAGAUAACGUCCAGUUCGGUCCGUUCAUGACCGUACUCACUCGAGUCUCCGACUUUCUGGUCAUUCUCAACUCGGCCACCAACACUCUCGCCUAUUUCGGGAAGGUUCGAUUCGAAAAGUGAGUGUAUUCGAUGAGCGGCCAGUAUCAAAAGUCCUCCGAUUUUGAGGUGUUUCAGAUGGCUCGAACGCCGAAUUCGAUGUCGAAUAGUGAAGAAAGAAGCCAAAGAAAUACUGAACACGUCACUCACCGGAUAG